GGCUGUGCUCUCAGGAGCAGAGGUGUGCGCACAGGUAAGGGUCUGCGUGCCAUCUGCUGGCAUGGGGGUACCCACACUCACGGGGCAGGCCAGGGCCUCGCUAGGCAGACCCCCAAGGGGCGCUCCUCCGACUGCUUCCUCAGAGUUCACACCAGGAGGCCAAGUGGCCACUGCUGUGGGCGCAGAGACCCCACCAGGCCUGCAUUCCUGCUCGGCUCUGUGCAGAGGCUCCACUCUGUGUUGGGACUCUGUCCUGGGAUGGUCUCCUAGGGGCUCAGAGGUGGGUGUCGUUCUCUUGUCUAAGGAAUAAGAACGAACAUUUUCCUCCAAGGCUUGCUCAGGGCUGCCAGACAGUUUUCCUGGAGACACCAUUUGGUUUUCAGAACUUCCUGGGUUCUGGGAAGAGCUUGAGCAGUCCAGGUCAGCCAGGGCGCCCGGGCCAGGUUCACCGGCGCUGCCACCCCCAAAGGCUGGGCCUGCAUCCCCCAGGGGUUUGGUGUCAGCCUCCACUGGUUUCCACCUCUGCUGCCUUUCGCCAUGGCAGGACAGACCCCAGAAAGCAGAGGUCUUCCAGAAAAGCCGGACCCUGCCUCGACCGCUGCCACUCUGUCCUCCAUGGGUGCUGUCUUCAUCCUCUUGAAGUCUGCGCUGGGAGCUGGCCUGCUCAACUUUCCCUGGGCCUUCUCCAAAGCUGGUGGAGUGGUCCCUGCCUUGCUGGUGGAGCUGGUGUCCUUGGUCUUCCUGGUCAGUGGGCUGGUCAUCCUGGGCUAUGCUGCUGCUGUCAGUGGCCAGGCCACCUACCAGGGUGUGGUUAGGGGACUGUGUGGCCCCGCCAUUGGGAAGCUGUGUGAGGCCUGCUUCCUCAUCAACCUGCUCGUGAUCUCUGUGGCCUUCCUCAGGGUGAUCGGGGACCAGCUGGAGAAGCUGUGUGACUCCCUCCUGUCUGGCACACCUCCUGCUCCACGGCCCUGGUACGCAGACCAGCGCUUUACCCUGCCCCUGCUCUCCACGCUGGUCAUCCUGCCCCUGUCCACCCCACGGGAGAUCGCCUUCCAGAAAUACACAAGCAUCCUAGGUACGCUGGCCGCCUGUUACCUGGCCCUCGUCAUCACAGUGCAGUACUACCUCUGGCCCCAGGGCCUCAUGCGUGAGCCCGGUCCUUCACUGAGCCCUGCCUCCUGGACCUCUGUGUUCAGCGUCUUCCCCACCAUCUGCUUCGGGUUUCAGUGUCACGAAGCCGCGGUCUCCAUCUACUGUAGCAUGCGUAAGCGGAGCCUCUCGCACUGGGCCCUGGUCUCCCUGCUGUCCUUGCUGGGCUGCUGCCUCAUCUAUUCACUGACCGGUCAUAUAGUGCAUUGGAGGCACAGAACCCGGGUCCCAGGCACGGCUGGCUCUGGCUGGCCACUUGACUCCAGUCUUUUUUUCAUUCACCAUCGGAACCUCCAUCCAGUUCAGGAAGCCCUUGGGCUACAGUGA